AUGUCGUAUUUUUAUGAAAAUAAGUUUGUUCAAAUUAUUAUCGCAUGUUUAAUUCCCUUUAUUGGUGGUUUCAUUGUUGGAUUUUAUUCACAAAAAAAUAUGCAUCCUUGGUAUGAAACGUUGAGACAGCCUUCAUGGUGGAACCCGCCAAGAGGUCUAUUCGGGGUUGUUUGGUCUAUUCUUUAUGUUUUAAUGGGAUAUGCAAGUUAUCGUGUUUGGGAAAAUGGUUCAGGCUUCUCAGGAGCUGCUAAAAUUCCUUUGAUUAUUUAUGGCAUUACUUUAUUCAUAAAUUGGACUUGGCCUCUAGUGUUUUUCACUUUCCAUCUGAUAGGAUUUGCAACAAUUCAUUUAAUUGUUUUGCUUGGUUUUAUCAUAGCAACAUGUAUUGCAUUUAUGGGAGUUGAUCAAAUAGCCGGAUUUCUUUACAUUCCAUAUAUCCUGUGGAUUACUUUAGCAACGACGAUAACCUUUUCAACUUGGAGACUUAAUUUGCAUGAGAAGCGAUAACUUUCGUAAAUGUCAAAUAUCUU